AUGGCCGACCCAUCGCCCACCCCUGCCAAGGACGAACCCCGGAGUGCAAAGGAUGCGGGCCACAGCCAUCGCUGGAAUAGCCUUCUCGAGGCAGCUAGGUGCGUGCAGCUGGCCCAGGCCCUGGCCCUGGUCGCGCCGACCAAGAGCAGCGCCGAGGACGAAGCAGAGCCCGACGACCUGUCUCCCGUGGAGGUCGGCAACGGCCUCUUCUUCCGGCUUGCCACUCCGGCCAUGAUGACCCAGCACUUUGAAAACAACGCGCAGAUGUGGGCGUCGCCGCUCAGCAAGGAGAACUACCUCCAGCUCAAGCGGAGGCUGGCCAUCACUGAUGCCAAUAUUCACGACACGCAGUACUGGGUGCUCGUCCACGAGAACGAUCCCGGCAAGGUCAUCUCGAGCUGCACCGUGCACUUCCGCGACGCCAUGAUCAACGUGGGCAAGGGCAUGCAGUCGGUCCGAGCCGCCGUCAUCACCGACAUCUUCACCAUCCCCGAGCAGCGCCGCGUUAGCAUGGCAGCUGCGCUGCUGGAGGAAGUGCAGCUGUCGCUCGACGAGAGGAAGCAGCGCGUCGAGUUCAGCAUCAUCUGGAGCGACAACCGCCCCGAGUUCUUCGAGGAGCUCGGCUGGGCGGCCCAGCCCGCCAACACGCUCCGCAUCCGCCUUCCCAAGGGUGCACCCAUCGAGUUGCCGCCCGAGACGACGCAACUCCAGUACGCCGGCGUUUCAGACAUGGAUCGCAUUGUCCUGCGCGACGUCAAGAUGACCAAGUGCCGCUUCACGCACAUGCGCGACAGGAAGAAGAUCUUUGCCCAGCUGAUCCCCGCGCAUGAGUUGCUGCGAGCGCAUGUGGUGCGUGCCAAGGCCAUGGAUGAAUUUCUCACCGGCGCCGAUCCGGUGCCCGACAAGAUAGACGGGCUGGGCGCCUCGUGGAAAAGCGCCGUCGACCGUACAGAGGUGUGGGCUUGGUGGACCCCCGACUAUCGCUCCCGACGCCUCUUCAUCGCGCGCUUCAUCACGCUGCGCCUCAGUGGCAUGGAGCACGCCAUGAAGGAGCUCCUCAAGGUGGCUGCCGCCGCGGCAUCGCGGCUCCAAUUCCGCGAGCUGAUCAUGUGGGAGCCCACGGACCAGGUCACCAAGGCCGCAUCUCUUCUCGUCGACGAGCUGCCUGAGGGUGCCAAAAUGUUUGUUGAAGAGCGCACCGACAUGAUUCCCUGCCUGCGUUGGCACGGCGGAGAGAAACGCCCCUGCGUCCUCAUUGAGCCCGAGUACUACGGCUAUGCCUGA